CGGCUCUGUUUUGAGAUGGAGAACAGUUCAAAUUGUAGAAUGUUUGAUAAUUCUAAGUCUUUGUUUUCAAUUAAAAAGGUCCAAGAGAAGAAAGUCAAGAAAAUCUCUGAGAUGAAUGUGGAUCCUUCCAAAGCUGCAGGAAAUGGUGGUGUUGCAAAUGCGAGUGUUUCUGCUGGUCCUAAUAACAAUCUUGCUAAUGGAAGCUAUCUAGAUCAAUCUUACAAUUGCUUGAGCAAAGACGCAUCCUUUCCCCCCCGCGUCAUUUCGUCACUGCGAUUACCAGUGGUAGUCACAAGCAAUGAAAUCAGUCUUGUCGCAAAAUGUAGGAGAGUGUAUGCUCAUGCGCAUGAUUACCAUAUCAAUUCAAUUUCAAAUAAUAGUGAUGGUGAAACAUUUAUAUCAGCUGAUGAUUUGCGAAUAAAUCUUUGGAACUUGGAAAUAAGUAAUCAAAGUUUCAAUAUCGUUGAUGUUAAGCCAACAAAUAUGGAGGAUCUAACUGAGGUCAUAACGUCAGCAGAGUUUCAUCCUACACACUGUAACACAUUAGCAUACAGCAGUUCAAAAGGAUCAAUUCGUCUAAUCGAUUUGCGGCAAUCUGCCUUGUGUGAUUCCCAUUCAAAAAUAUUUGAGGAACAGGAGGCGCCUGGUUCAAGAUCAUUUUUCACUGAGAUAAUAGCUUCAAUUUCAGAUAUCAAGUUUGCAAAGGAUGGAAGACACAUACUUAGUCGUGAUUACAUGACCCUUAAGUUAUGGGAUGUUAAUAUGGAUUCUGGUCCAGUGGCAACCUUCCAGGUUCAUGAGUAUCUGAGACCCAAGCUCUGUGAUUUGUACGAAAAUGAUUCCAUUUUUGACAAAUUCGAAUGUUGCCUGAGUGGCAAUGGUCAGCGAGUAGCAACUGGUUCUUACAGCAAUUUAUUUCGCGUAUUUGGAUGUGCUGAGGGGAGUACUGAAGCAACUACUCUGGAAGCAAGCAAAAACCCAACGAGAAGACAAGUCCAGACCCCUUCAAGGACUUCGAGAGGCUUAAGCAGCACUAUAACUAACGCUGUCAGACGAGGUGCAGACAGUCCGGGAGUUGAUGCAAAUGGAAAUUCGUUUGAUUUCACUACAAAACUGCUCCAUCUGGCAUGGCACCCAACUGAAAACUCUAUUGCCUGUGCUGCUGCAAAUAGCUUGUAUAUGUACUAUGCAUAAAAAGCCAGUACUCAAGUCGGUCAAAGUUUUUGGGUCGAUAUAUAAGAAUGCAUCUUUUGCAAACAAAUUGAGGCUCCACAUUUUCUUGCUUAUCCAAAUGCCUCAUAAAUCUGUAGCACAUACUUUCGAGUGCUUUUACCCGGGUAGAAGGUUGGUUUUCUUAGAUCGGUUAACUUUUCUAGUUCGCCCUCUAUUUGUUUUAUUUUUUCUCCGUCUCUCCUAGAAAAGAAAGAUGUGUUUCGUUCUUAGUGUUGGGUCGAAGCUUGGAAAGAAUGUGAUUGCACUUCUCCAAACAAAAGUUAAAAGGAUGCCGUGUACUGUUCUGAGGCUCUGAAGGUAAAUGUAGCUAAAUUAAAAUCUUCCUGCUGCUGCUGCUGCGAAUUUGUGGGGGCAUCAAGUUCAUAAACUCUUCCUAGGUAGACCAGUGUUAUUGGUCUCUCUUUGUAGGAUGAUUUUGGUCUAAGAUUGAUAGAUUUCUAUAUUUUGCAUGUAUUAUAUAUCAAGAUGUUUUGGGCUGUGGCCCGAUAUUAGGAAAGAUUUGUGCAAAAUAUCAUUUGUAUCCUUACCAUCCAUUGUUUUCAAGGAUAAAUUUUAUCAGGGUAGCAAACCUUUCAA